GGUCCGGGCCCGGCGCCUCUCCUCCGGGCGCAGGCGCCGCCGGCAGCCCCGGGGUGGAGGGCCGCCUGCCCGCCCGCCCGCCCGCCCGCCCGGGGACGGCGGCUCCAUGCGCUGCCAGGUUUCGGUGCUGUAUUUCGCCCGGAGCGCGGAGCUGGCGGGGCUGCGCAGCGAGACCCUCUCGGUGCCACGGCAGAUCACCUCUCGGCAGCUCUGGGAGGAGAUCGUCAGGGUUCACCCAAGGCUUGCUGUCAUCCGGGAUCAGGUGGUUUUUGCUGUUCGGCAGGAGUACGUGCUUCUUGGAGAUCAGCUCCUGGUUCUGCAGCCCGGUGAUGAGGUUGCCAUCAUCCCACCAAUUAGUGGAGGCUGAAUCUGCCCAGGUUUUGUUAGGUUCAGAGAUGUGUUUGUAAUUCUCUCCCUCCACCCUGGUACUCUUUUGAGAGAGCAUAACUUGCAUUUGCUGCCGGAGAGAGCUGCUGUGCUGACCAGGAACU